CAAUAGUUUGACGUUUCCGUGUGGUGUCGGCGUUUUUUCUCAUUGCCAGAAGUGAGUGUGUGAGUGUGCGAACAGAGGCGAGAGGGGUAAAUGAGUUUUGUACUCUUGUGCGGCGAAUUUAAUUCCAAGCACGAUACCGCAUUUCGCAAUUGACUGGAAGCGAUCCUAGCUCGAAGUGCAGGGUGUUUAGUGUCCGAGGAACCAAAUACAGAGACUGCUAUAACAAUGCCAUCAGCGGCAAACGUCAAAAUUGAAAAGGCACCGGAGAACAUGGGGGUGGCGGUGACGGCGACUCCCGUUGCCGAUGGAAAUACCGCCGCCGUCACCGUGGCCAACAACAACCCCCAGCAGCAACCGCCGGCGCAGGCCACCAACAACACGCCGAUGCCGCCGAUCCGGCAGGCGAUCACCGUGAUAGAGCACAAAAUAAGGAACAUGGAAAAGCGAAAGAGUAAAUUGGAGUCGUAUCGAGAGGUACAGCGAUCCGGAAAAGAUCUGAACGCGGAUCAAAAGUCUGCGGUGGCCAAGUAUGAUGAGGUCGUCCAAACAUUAGAAUUCGCACGUGACUUAUGUAAACAGUUCCUAGGUAUUGCUGUGGUCUCCGACAAGGAUGACAAGAAACGGCUUAGGAAAGAGGCCUUAGCGCGUAGUCAAGGAGAAUUAACGAAGAUUCGUGAAGUCUUACUGGUACAAGAUGCACUGUCAAAUAUGGUGUCUGAAACGGCCCGAGAAGAUUUUCUUCAGGGAAAGAAUGGCGCUGCUUUGUUAACACAGACUGAUCUCAAGUUAUUGGACGAUUUAUAUUCGGUGGCUACGCCCAAGCAUGCGAGCGGGAAUCCAAGCCAGUUCAUGCCCCAAGUGCAGGCGGCAGCGGAGCAUCUACAAGCUGUUGUCGAUGGUAAACAGAAAGAAGCUUUUGGAUCAACGUAUAGUCAGAUCAAGGAAGUUAUCGGCAAGAUUCAUGAGAGCGGGUACUUCGAUCAAGCCGUGGAAACGUUCACCGAGGAAUGUGUUGUGUCCAUUGAAUGUCCCGAGAUUGUUAUGGUUUCAACGCAGAUUGCACCCAUCGAACCCAUUCCGGUUCAGCAAUUGGAAAACAUGACGAUGGAAGUCAGGCCGCCUCCGCCAAUGCAGCAGCCGAUCAUGGAACAGCCUCCACCUCAGCAACAACCUCCGCAGAUGGAGCAACAACAACCACCACCUGUGCAGAUGCAACCUCCGGUACCGGAAGCCAUGUAUUACCAACAACCGCCGCCGCCACCAGCACCUAGACCAAUCACCGAAGUCCUAGGCAACGGAAGCUUUUUCUUCUUGCAGGAUUCCGAAUUGGAUACUCCUCCAGAACAAAUACCAACGCAAACGUUCACGAACCAGACGUACGUUUCUGCGUUACCACCUCCAAUUCCGAUGCCACCUCAUUUCCACCAAUACCCGAAUGCUCCGCCUCAGCAACCACCACAAAACGUUGUUGCAUCGCAACCAAUGCAACAAGUUCCACCGCCGCAACAACUACAACAACAGCAGCAGCAGCAACAACAACAACCCCCGCAACCUCAGCAAGUGCCGCCUGUUCAACAACAACAGCAACAAAUUCAUCAACAACAGCAACAACCGCCGAUGGUGAUGCCGCAGCACGUUGUACCGCCAGCACAAACAAACAACGGCAUCGGCGAACGCCAUCCAGAGGUGCACGAAGAUAUGAACAGACAGCGCAGGCAGCAGCGCGGUCCGCCAACCAACAACCACCACCAACCGUUCUUCCCAAACAACAACGGCUACAACAAUAGACCGAGGAAUAACAAUAGGAACAACGGGCCCAGACCAAAUAAUAACAGACAUAACCAGCCACUUUAAAGUUGCAUUUUUUUGGAUAUCUCCUGAAUCGGACACUGUAAAACUGAACACGAGACAUGCUUAUAAUUAAUAUUGAUAAAUGUAACUUAUAUUUGAUAGCUACAUCACGUUUGCGCGCUGGUCGCAUUAUUAUUCUUUUCGGCAAAAUUGAUCAUUUUUCAUCGCAUAAAACGUGCACAUUCUGUUUCUUUUCCUUAUGUAAGUUGUAACGUAAAAAUGAUGGUUUAGCUUGAACCUGAUGUAGCUAUCUGGUGAUACAACAUUUAAUUAAAAAAAAAACAUUGGAAACAUAAUAUGAUCAGCUUUUGUGAGCUGAAAUAAGAAGCAUUUCAAAUAUUCCAACAUACACAAAAAAAACAAUUAUAUAAUAAACAAAAUGUAAAGUCAAUUUUAGUGUCGGAUUUAAAUUUUUUUACAUUUGAGAUUCUUUUGUUGUCGCCUUUUUGUCCGCCCUUAGAGAUUUAUUUUUCUUUUUACAAUUUAGCACAAACAAUUAUAUUACGAGACGAAGGGGAGGGAGGACCCGAAAGCGUAUAAAAAUAAUAAUAAAGUAAUCUUGUAUAUAAGACUUAAAUCUUAAAUGAAUAGCAUUUGGUAUUUUUAUGAAAUUUUCUAAUAUUAUAACCCUGAGAAAAGUUGAUGAAACGGUGAGAAGAAAAUGACGAACGGAAAAAUGGAAACACCUUGUCAGCGUACAUUUUGUUUCCUUUGAUAAGAAUGUAGUCUUUUGUAUUUUUUUGAAUUUAUUAUUGUUAUUUGUUUUGGAAUUGUCACGUACAUAUACAACGGUGUCAUGUAGCUCUCUUCCUCGAUCAUUUUUGUUUCUUUCGUUUUUAUUUUUUCACUUUAUUUGUAGAAGAUUAGUUUUGUUUCAAUUAUUCUUUUAUUACAUAUUAUUAUUAUUUGUGUAAAAUUUAGGGGCUACAGAAAUAGUCAUGAAAAAGAUGAUAGCAACAAGAAUACAAUAAAAAGAAUAUCCAAUUA